CUCCGCUGCCCUGUGCAGGGAGGCAGCAGUCGGCGAGUACGGCCGGGCGGAGGAGCCCGCUGCAGCAGCGCACCCCGACCUCCGCCGCACGCAGCUCCAGGGAGGGGGGGACUCCGCACUCCCGGCCCUCCCCGUGCGCGAGGGGACCCAUCCGCAUCCAGCCCGGCGCCGGCCCCCCAGCUGCAGCGUCUCCAGCUCGCCGCGCUACCAGGCUGGCCGGGAAUUGCAGCUGGAUGGGGAAUAACUGAUGCAUGUUACCGGAAAAGGAGAAAGGAGUCGGUGAGCUUCAUUGCCUGGACUUGAGGAAAAAUCUACCAGGGAUCCAGGUGAAGUUUGGAUGUCUUUUGAAUUCAUCUCCUCCUUUCCAGAAGAUAAAUUGUGAAAUUGAAUAAUGUGGAAAAUCCUUCCCCUUUUCUAUUUGUGAGUUUGAGAAGAGAUUGGCAUGGUCUUCACAGCACAAGAUCAUCACUAGAAAUUAGCUGCAACUAUGAGUUCAGAGGAGAAGGGUGUAUCUCCUGCUCACAGAACAUCCACUCCCUCGCAUAAAAGUGCCUCCUCUUCACUAUCAUCUCAGAGGGACAUUAGGCAGAGUGCUCAUGUUUUAGAGCGAAAUAGUUCUUUUGGAAGUACAGAUGCAUCUGUAAGCAAGCAGUUGUUUGAAACUGAGUCUGUCUCUCUGUCCAAGGAACCUGACAGUUGGGAAAUCAUAGAAGGGUUGAAAAUAGGCCAGACUAAUGUCCAGAAACCAGACAAGCAUGAAGGUUUCAUGCUGAAGAAAAGAAAAUGGCCUUUAAAAGGCUGGCACAAGCGCUUUUUUGUCCUGGAUAAUGGCAUGUUAAAGUAUUCAAAGUCACCAAUCGAUAUUCAGAAAGGCAAGGUACAUGGAAGCAUUGAUGUUGGCUUAUCCGUUAUGUCAAUUAAAAAGAAAGCUCGUAGAAUAGACCUUGAUACAGAAGAACAUAUCUAUCACCUGAAGGUGAAGUCCCAGGAUUCAUUUGACGCGUGGGUAUCAAAACUGCGCCAUCACAGAUUGUACCGUCAGAAUGAGAUUGUAAGAUCACCAAGAGAUGCCAGCUUCCACAUAUUCCCUUCAGCCUCCACUACAGAGUCUUCACCAGCUGCUAAUGUUGCUGCAUUAGAUGGCAAGGGUCCACAAAAUAGCUUCCCAUGGCAAUCCCCCAUACCAUGUAGUAAUAGCCUUCCUGCAACAUAUACCACUGGCCAAAGUAAAGUAGUCGCUUGGUUGCAGGAUUCUGAGGAGAUGGACAGGUGUGCAGAAGAUCUUGCACACUGCCAAUCAAACCUUGUGGAACUCAGUAAGCUUCUUCAAAAUUUAGAAAUACUACAGAGGACUCAGUCAGCACCAAACUUCACAGACAUGCAGGCUAACUGUGUAGAUAUUUCAAAGAAAGACAAGCGGGUCACAAGACGAUGGAGAACAAAAAGUGUCAGCAAAGAUGCAAAAAUACAACUUCAGGAAGGGCCAGCGCUGAAGGGCCAGUUCAGCACAUCACGACGCCGGCAGAGAAUAGCAGCAGCUGUGGCUACAACAGUCCCUUUCAGUGCUACAAUGUCACCAGUUCGCCUCCACUCAUCCAACCCCAAUCUUUGUGCAGACGUUGAAUUUCAGACUCCUCCAAGCCAGGUAGCUGACCCCUUGGAAUGUUCCAUGGAGUACAUCAAACUCCAAGAAGAGUUUUGCCUCAUGGCGCAGAAAGUUCAUUCUCUUUUGAAGUCUGCCUUUAACAGCAUAGCCAUUGAGAAAGAGAAGCUUAAGCAGAUGGUGUCAGAACAGGAUGUAACAGGCCACAAUGCACAAAUAUCAUGUCUCAGACAAUCACUUUCUCAGGCUCUCAACCAGAAUGCUGAACUAAGGAGUCGCUUGAACAGAAUACAUUCUGAAUCUGUUAUCUGUGAUCAGGUUGUCAGUGUAAAUAUUAUCCCUAGUCCUGAUGAGACUGGUGAACAAAUCCAUGUCAAUCUCCCACUGUCCCAGCAAGUUUCUAAUGAGAGCAGGCUCUCUAUGUCUGAAUCUGUCUCUGAAUUCUUUGAUGCACAGGAAGUGCUUUUGUCAGCAAGUUCAUCAGAAAAUGAGGCUUCUGAUGACGAAUCCUAUAUCAGUGAUGUGAGUGAUAACAUAUCUGAGGACAAUACCAGUGUUGCAGACAACGUUUUCCGGCAAAUUCUUAAUGGUGAGCUAGCAGGAGGUGCAUUCAGAAAUGGACGCCGAAUUUGUCUCCCAGCUCCCUGUCCUGAUACCAGUAAUAUCAAUCUGUGGAAUAUUUUGAGAAAUAAUAUUGGUAAAGAUCUCUCCAAAGUCUCCAUGCCAGUUGAGCUAAAUGAACCUCUUAAUACUUUACAACACCUUUGUGAAGAAUUGGAAUACAGUGAACUCCUGGACAAAGCUGCUGAAACUGAUGAUCCAUAUGAACGCAUGGUUCUCAUAGCUGCCUUUGCAGCUUCAGGGUAUGCUUCCACUUAUUACAGAGCAGGAAGCAAGCCAUUCAAUCCAGUGCUUGGUGAGACCUAUGAAUGUAUAAGGGAAGACAAAGGAUUUCGAUUUUUCUCAGAGCAGGUUAGCCACCAUCCACCCAUUUCUGCCUGUCACUGUGAAUCAAAGAAUUUUGUGUUUUGGCAAGAUAUCAGAUGGAAAAAUAAGUUCUGGGGGAAAUCAAUGGAGAUCCUGCCAGUUGGAACACUGAAUGUGACUUUUCCAAAGUAUGGAGAUUACUAUGUGUGGAACAAAGUCACCACCUGCAUACACAACAUCCUUAGUGGAAGAAGAUGGAUUGAGCAUUACGGAGAAAUAACAAUCAGAAACACAAAAAGUAGUGUUUGUAUUUGCAAGCUCACAUUUGUCAAGGUAAAUUAUUGGAAUUCAAAUGUAAAUGAAGUUCAAGGGGUUGUCAUGGACCAAGAAGGAAAGGUGGUGCAUCGCCUCUUUGGAAAGUGGCAUGAGGGACUAUACUGUGGGAUUGCACCUUCAGCAAAAUGUAUAUGGAGGCCAGGAUCCAUGCCAACCAACUAUGAACGUUAUUAUGGCUUUACAAGGUUUGCUAUUGAACUCAAUGAGUUAGAUCCUGUAUUGAAAGAUAUUCUUCCAACAACAGAUGCACGAUUCAGGCCAGAUCAGAGACUUUUGGAAGAAGGAAAUGUAGAAGCAGCAUCAGCAGAAAAGCAAAGAAUAGAGGAACUCCAGAGAAGUAGAAGACGGUACAUGGAAGAGAACAACAUUGAAUACACACCAAAAUUUUUUAAAAAAGUUAUAGAUGCCAAUCAAAGAGAGAGCUGGGUUUCUAAUGACACCUAUUGGGAACUGCGAAAGGAUCCUGGCUUUAGUAAAGUAGAAGCCCCCAUACUCUGGUAAACUGAGAAUGUAGAUCUAGUAAACAUAUCACUCUCUGAAGAAGAAGAAAAAAUAACUAUGCACAAUAUGUUUCUUAUAGCUAAGUGUGGUUUGUGGGUCUACAGAAAACCUACCAUUCGCUUUUAUAUUCAUCUUUAUAAUGGACUUUCGAAAGUGCAUUAGACCAGGUCCCUGGCCACUUUUGGAACCUUUUUAUUUUGCAGCAGCCAUUUAAAAAAACUUUUAAAGUUUCAUUGUAUUAAAAAUGCAAAACAAAGGAAGCAGAUAUGUUAUCCAGAGUUGCUCGGAAGAGAUUGUAAAACACAAAACUGCAACCAGUGCUUAAGACAGUCAUUGAGAGUAACAACAAACAAAACGAAAGAAUAUAAUCCAUUUUGUUUUCACUUAUUUUGUUAAACUCUCUUGUGUUACAACAGUCUAUUAUUUCUGGCUUGAAACUAGUCCUUCAGUGUAAUGUGCUUGGACUAGCCUUGUCAAAAAGACAUAAUGCUUUUCUGGAAGCUGUUCCCAUUCAUAUGCCAUUGUUCAUGCCUUAAACAAAACAUGAAGAUAUCCAAUAAGUCAUUUUAAAAUACGUGUGCUUAGGCUUGUGUGAAGGGCAGAUUUUAUUCAUAUUAUAAAUAUUGGCGAUCAUGUAUUAUUUAAAAAAAAUCCAUCUAAAUAGAUGAGAAGGGGAAAGUGACCUGCUGUACAUGCUUUUGCUUUGUGAAGCUGGUUGUGUAAUCAGACUGAAACAGGACAACUUGCUAACUUUGUGACAGUUUUGGUAAAUGCAUAUGGGUUGCUAGUCUGAAAAUUCAUAUCCAACAUGCCUAAUGCUGUGAUGUAUUUAUCAUAUGUGCCCCUGAUUUGGUAUGAACUCUCACGUUUUCACAUUUCCCCAUAAUGGUUUAUACCAUUAGAAUUUCUGGCAGCUUUGCAACAGUGUUAGAAACACCAAAAGAUUUCAUAGGAGGUCUUCUGGUUUCUCUCCAGAUACUGGAUGGUACUAUAAACAUAACUGGCACUUUCUAUCAUGCAUACUAUAUAUCUUACUGGUCUGUUUAUCUGUGCGCAUUCCCCACCUGAAUUUUUGAGCUAAAUUUGUUUGGGGAAGGUUAGAGACACCCAUGCAUGCCGAGUUAAUGGCUUUUUGUGUUGUCAAAAUAGUUUUUAUGCGAAUUUAAUUUUCAGAGUUUUUCACAAAGUGAUUCUGUAGUUUUUUAUUAGGACUCUUAAAUGUUUUUAUGCCACAGUUAACAUCUAUAGAAAGAGGCUGGGCACUUUCUGUCUGAAAAAAUGACUAAAAUGCAUAAUUGUGGAGGGCAAAUAUUAUUAAUUUUUGUAUUUAAAAUUAUAUAUUCCAUACUAUAGAAUCUAGUCCUUUCUUAAUGCACCUGGUGUUUAAAUAAAUUAAAUUUGCCUGUAUACAUCUUUGGAACAUCCUGAUGACACUUUCGUGUGUCAUCUUGUAUCUUUUUGCAAGUACUGGGUAUGCUUAUGUGUUCUGCAGCCCAGCAUUUCCCACAAGUCUGGAUAUCUCCCUCCUCUCUCUGCAGCUUCAUGGAGGCAGAUCAGUAUUUUGGUGCUACAUAGACUCCUCUACUCCUCCUUACUACCAGAUUCUCUGCCUUCAUGUCAGCAGUUGGUGUCGGUUUCUCUUGCUCUCAUUCUUACCUUUCAAUUUGAGCUUUAUCUGCCCAGUUUUGGGGCAGUAGGUAGCAGUUUUCUCCUCCUCCCACGUUCAUAUUUCUUCCUGGGUCAGUUACACCUCCAGUAAUUUAACCCUUUCUGAGCAUCCGCUGCAGCAUUUCCCUGUUGGUUUUUCUGCUACUAUGUAAGUAUAGCUGAGCAACCACGAAAAGAUAGAGUUAAAUCCAAGAAGUGCUCUGUUUGUAAGGCAGCCUUCCCAGGCUCACCAGAGAGUGAGUUAUGCCCAGCCUGCACCCAGCCAACCAAUCCUAAUUCCAUUAGGUCCCCGGGCUCCUAAUCAGAAAGUUAUAGGUGGGGUUUUCUUUUCACCUAAGAAGCCAUGGCUCCAAUCAGGGAAAAAUGUACCAGAACCCCCAGUGCAGAGCAAGUAAAGGCUUUAAAAGCAAGGAGGUCCCCAACCAUUUAAUUCAGGAGUAAAUCCCAGAGGAAUUUUGCCAAACAAUGAGAGGCUUCAGGGGCCUUGCAAUCCCUCCAUCCCAGUCUUAAAGAGGGUCCUGGGGUAAGAAGCACGGCUUCUAAUCAGUCUGCUUCCUCACAAGCUAACCAGGAAGGGUUAGAGAAAAAUUCCCUCCUUCCUCUGGGAAAUGGGACACAAUGGGGAAGGAUUUGGAGAGACAUCUUGAGAGGGCUUGAGAGCCUGAGAAAGGCAGAUCACAGACAUCCUCAGCAAAACCACAGCAGAGCUUCAUUGCUCCCAUAAAACACUAAGAAGGCUAAAAAAAACAAAAAAGGGAAAGAAAAAAAAUCCAGGAGAUUUUCGUCAACAGCCGACAAAGGAAUUAUUCAGAUAGCGAAUCAGGGAUACUCUAUUGAGCUAAAAGCUCCAGUCCAUCUGUUCUUCAUCCAAUAACCAAGUUCCAAUGACCCCAUAUAACACAGGAGCUUCCUGGGGUAGCAGAGUUAAGUCUGUUACAGAAAAAAAACAACAAAUGGUCUAGUAGCACUUUAUAGACUAAUGAAACAUGU